GACUUUAGUUAGAUUUUUGUCUCUCUCAUUUAACUAUCUUUGGUAUUGAGUAGCAAGAGGGAUUUUGGAUUUGAAUUGUUGGGACUUAGGUUGUUUAUGUUUAAGAGGAGAGGAAAUUGUAUUUUAAACACCCAACCCCUAAUCAAUCGGCAAUAGGUGGAGUAAUCCAUUGGUUUCCUAUAAUUCACUGAUAUGAGAUUCUUACACGUGACACACCCUCAUAGAUCCACCUGUCACAUGGUCAUAGCACACCAAUCCACUGUUAACCUCACCUCCGAUUGCACACCAGGGCUUCCAACAACCCUUCCAGGGUUGCAAAUUUGUAGCAACUCUUUUGGAUUUGUGCAGACAGACUAGGAUCACAACGACCUCUCCUAACAUCAACUACCCCCCUUGGAUUGCUCAUACGACUUGGCGCUGGGCUUUGAUACCAUUGUCUGCACUACUCUCUUGCAACCAAGGCAGCAUUUGGGAUUCAGGUGUCAUAUUUUAAUGGGGAACAAGGUUCUUAUGUUAAUUAGGUUGUCAUUGGAUUGGCUUUGAGUUUUCCAGCACUGAAAUACUUAGAUUCUGAGAUUGGUGGUGGCAUUCAUCGUGCUUCACUCUUUAGUUUUAUUAGUAAUUGUAAGGAUAGGUCCGAGGUGCCCACCUCGGACGUACUAAAUAAUUCUUCAACAAUCGAAGUGAAAAGUAAACCCAGCUGCAUAAUAGUUACUGUGAACAGGCACGCACCUGAUUUCUUAUGACAGGCUGUACAAUAGUUAUGGUAUGUACGUUCACACCUGAAUAUGUCUCAAAUUCCCGGUCCCGAGUAUCUUGCUUGGCAGGCCAACACGGGUUCUCCAUUGGAACAUAUAAAUACCCCUCAAGGGCCACCUCAGAAAGGUAAUUGAAACCGAUCCUAAGCUCUUUUUAUCUCCGCCUUAAAGGUAGCCCCGAUUAUUGCUGACUUAAGCAUCGGAGUGUCUACCCCGAGUUCCACCUCGGGGCUUUGCAGGUACAUCCGAAGUGAAGAUGCGGACUGAAGAAGGACUUCCGGUUUGCUCGGCAAAAGCGAGGCAGUUCAGCUCGGCAGCAGUAGAGCAACCCAGCUCGGCAGCGGUAAAGUUCAAAGCAAUGCUCCAGCUCGGCAGCAGUAGAGCAGCCCAGCUCGGUAGCAGCAAAGCGGCCAAGCACAGCAGCAACAAAGCAGUUCAGCUCGGCAACAGAACAACAGCCAAGCACGGCAGCAACAAAGCGGCCCAGCUCGCUGCACCAAAACAGUCCAGCUCGGCAGCGGCAAACCUCAACAGUACUCCCGCUCAACAGAAGCAAGGCAGCCCAGCUCGGCAGCAGCCAAGUAACCCAGCUCGACAGCCGCAAAGCAGUCUCUCAGCUCGGCGGCAUGCACUGAGCAAAUUUGUAAUGAAGCUCGUUGAAGAAGACGCGAGCAAUCAACAAAAUAUGAUGAUGGUCAGCCCGAAUUUGCAACAAGCAUCUAAGUUCAUAAACAGAACAAUCUUAACAAGGCAAGACGAGCUCGAGCUUGACGGCAGCGACAAGCAUUCUCCCAGCUCGGCAGCUUGGUAGGAACAAAGCAGCCCCAGCUCGGCAGCAGCAAAGUGAUCUCCCAGCUCAUCACCACAUACCAAACAAAUUUGUAAAGAAGCUCGUUGAGGAAAACACGGGCAAUCAACAAAAUAUGAUGAUGAAUCCAAGAGCAAAAUCCCUCCAAUCAGCUGCUAGGGAACAAAGGCCUAUGGUUCCAAUGACAGAGAAAGGUGAUGGCAGCGUUAGAUGAAAGCUCUGGAGGUACUGGACACCACCCUUCAAGAUGACAAUUAAACCACUACCGGGAACACACAUGCUGCUCUGAGAAGCCAGUAGUCGCAUCUCAUGCUCAGUUGAGAGCAGAGGCAUUCAACCGCCCACGUAGCACCACCGAACCAUUUGGAGGCUUGAAAAAUUUGCCAAUAAAGUUGUGAAUAAUGA